CUAACCGCCUUUGCAAGAUGCCCGUCAAAAGACAAGAUGCGGCGACCGUCCUGCAGCUCAUGAAGCAACCCGCGAAGUUGAACCCGGAUUCCCGGACCAAGAUGGACAGACUCCUGGGGGUCUUCCAGAGCGAACUCUUCCAGGCCCUUUUGGAUAUCCAGGAGUUUUAUGAAGUGACCGUCUCCGAAUGCGGCCGCUCGGCUCCGCAGAGGUCUCUGCCCAAGAAAUAUCGCUACCAAGAUGAAGACAGCCCCCCGCUGGAGCAUAGCCCCGCCCACCUCCCCAACCAGGUAAAGGCCCCCGAGCUGGUCCACGUGGCGGAGAAGAAUCUAUCGCAGAUUGAGAGCGUCCACGGCUACGUGUCUCACUCGCACAUCUCCCCCGUCAAGGCUAAUUCUCCACCCGUUAUUGUCAACACCGACACUUUAGAAGCACCAGCUUAUGUAAAUGGAACGGAAGGCGAGAUGGAAUAUGAAGAGAUCACACUAGAGAGGGGCAACUCCGGGCUGGGGUUCAGCAUCGCCGGGGGCACCGACAAUCCACACGUUGGCGACGACCCCAGCAUCUUCAUCACCAAAAUCAUCCCUGGAGGGGCGGCCGCUCAAGAUGGCAGAUUAAGAGUGAACGACAGCAUCCUCUUUGUGAACGAUGUGGACGUACGGGAGGUGACCCACAGCACGGCGGUGGAAGCGUUGAAGGAGGCCGGCUCCAUCGUGCGGCUCUACGUCAUGCGCCGGAAACCGCUGGCGGAGAAGGUGAUCGAGAUCAAGCUGAUCAAAGGCCCUAAAGGGCUGGGCUUCAGCAUUGCGGGCGGUGUGGGCAACCAACACAUCCCGGGGGACAACAGCAUCUACGUCACCAAAAUCAUCGAAGGCGGGGCAGCCCACAAGGACGGGCGGCUGCAGAUCGGGGACAAAAUCCUGGCGGUGAACAAUGUGAGUCUGGAGGACGUCAUGCACGAAGACGCUGUGGCAGCUCUGAAGAACACCUUCGACAUCGUCUACCUGAAGGUGGCCAAGCCCACCACCCUCGACCUGAACGACUCUUACGCCCCUCCUGACCUCACUUCCUCUUAUUCUCAUCACCUGGACAACGAAAUCGGUCAUCAGAGUUACCUGGGUAGCGACUACCCACAAGCCAUGACCCCCACCUCUCCUCGGAGGUACUCCCCCAUCCCAAAAGAACUGAUGGGGGAGGAAGAUAUUCCCAGGGAACCGCGCCGCAUCGUGAUCCACCGUGGCUCAACAGGGCUGGGGUUCAACAUUGUGGGGGGCGAAGACGGCGAGGGCAUUUUCAUCUCCUUCAUCCUGGCCGGAGGACCGGCUGACCUCAGCGGAGAACUUCGGAAAGGGGACCAGAUCCUCUCAGUCAACGGCGUGGAUCUCAGGAACGCUACCCACGAACAAGCUGCCAUCGCUCUGAAAAACGCCGGGCAGACGGUCACCAUUAUUGCCCAGUACAAACCAGAUGAGUAUAGCCGCUUUGAAGCCAAGAUCCACGAUCUGCGGGAACAGCUGAUGAACAGCAGUUUGGGUUCAGGAACCGCCUCGCUUCGGAGUAACCCCAAAAGGGGCUUCUAUAUCCGGGCUCUCUUCGACUACGACAAGACCAAGGAUUGUGGUUUCUUGAGCCAAGCUCUGAGUUUCCAUUUUGGCGACGUCCUACACGUCAUCGAUGCUUCCGACGAGGAGUGGUGGCAGGCGCGACGUGUCCAUCCGGAUGGCGACAGUGACGAGCUUGGCUUUAUUCCCAGCAAGAGGCGGGUCGAGCGACGGGAGUGGACGCGGUUAAAAGCAAAGGAUCGGGGCCCUGGAUCAGGCUGUCAAGGUCGAGAAGAUGCUGUGUUGAGCUACGAAACCGUUGUGCAGAUGGAAGUUCAUUAUGCCCGUCCGAUCAUUAUUUUGGGGCCCACCAAGGACCGUGUCAACGACGACCUCCUCUCUGAGUUUCCAGACAAAUUCGGGUCUUGCGUGCCACACACCACGCGGCCGAAACGGGAGUACGAAGUGGACGGCCGAGAUUACCACUUUGUGGCUUCGCGGGAGAAGAUGGAGAAGGACAUUCAAGGCCACAAAUUCAUUGAGGCCGGACAGUACAAUAGCCACCUUUAUGGGACAAGCGUCCAGUCCGUACGGGAAGUGGCUGAGCAGGGCAAGCACUGCAUUUUGGACGUCUCUGCCAACGCCGUCCGGAGGCUGCAAGCCGCUCAGCUUCACCCCAUCGCCAUUUUCAUCCGGCCCCACUCCCUCGAGAAUGUUUUAGAAAUUAACAAGCGGAUAACAGAGGAGCAGGCGCGGAAGGCCUUCGACAGAGCUACAAAACUGGAGCAGGAAUUUACAGAAUGCUUUUCAGCCAUCGUAGAAGGAGAGAGUUUUGAAGAGGUCUACCACAAGAUCAAGAGAAUCGUCGAGGAACUCUCUGGUCCCUAUAUCUGGAUUCCGGCUCGUGAAAGACUUUAGGGCGAUGAACUAAAUUUCCCGGGAAGGGAAUCCUUGAAUUCCACCCACCGACCGCACCAACUCUGCAACCGCAUCGCCGGAGCUGCCUCUGGAGCAGAGGAGCGCCCCUGCCUCUUGCCCCCCCCUGAACUUAGCUGUCGGUCACUCUUUUGGGGUGGGGGGGUGGGCAAACGCCUCAAGAUAUGCCCUUAUUUUGAGUUGUUUCUUCUUUAAGACUCGGAUGGGGAAGGGGACGGGAAGACAGUGUGCUAUAUAUAUUUUUUCUUCUUGUCUGACUCGCGUGGCGAUGCCCCCCCCUCCCCGUUUUUCUUUCCGCAGCGCAAAAGAGGGGCUGCUGACCUCCUCCCCCUGGUCCCCAACAGCGCUAGCAUUUGCAUGCGGUCAUUUUGGGAGGGGAGGAGAAAAAAAAGGGGGGGCUGUCCUUAGACUCUGAUCUCUUUUAUUUGGCGAGCAGGAAGCGGGUCAGGAAUCGGGAAGGAAGGAAGGAAGGAAGGAAGGAAGGAAGGAAGGAAGGAAGGAAGGAAGGAAGGAAGGAAGGAAGGAAGGAAGGAAGGAAGGAAGGAUUUUUUUUAAUGUUCUUUUUUUCUAUAAGCAGAAGACACUUUGAUCUCUUUACGUCUUCUGAACGUGGCCGAGGCAGAGUUCCUCAUUGGAUACACAUUGGAAGGAGAAUUUGGGAAGACUAUGGAUUCUUGUGAGUUUCAUCUUCUUGAGCCGAGGAAGGAGACAAUUGGGAGAAAAAGAGAGAGGAAAAGCCCUCUGCAAAAGGGUUGAAAUCAUUCUCCAUUUUGCUUUUUAAAAUUUCAUUUCCCCCCCUCCCCCGGAAAGGAAGAAAAAAUAGCUCUCCUUCUUUCCCUGUAUAUAUUUUGAGUGAAGAAUUAUUGUUAUUAUUAUUAGUUAAAAUAGUGCUUCUCAACCUGGUGACCUUUAAGAGGAGAGAGCUUCAACUUCCAGAAUUCCCCAGCCAGCCACGCCUGUUUUUAUUCUCCUAUCAUCUCCUAGAGCAGAGAGAUUGCAGAGGAAGGGAUUAAAAGAGAGUAAGCAGGCCACAAGGGGUGUACAGGUCAAAAGGAAUGUAUUCGUGCCAGGGAAUUCUGGGAGUUGAAGUCCACUCGCCUUAAAGUUGCUGAGGUUGAGAGACACUGAAUUUGAACAAGAAUUGGAGAAGAAGCAUAGCCCAGUGACUUAGAAAUUUUAUUCAUAUAUAUGUGAAAUAACUGUCACGUAUAUAUAUAAAAAGGCUUUUUUUUCAGUU